AUGGAAAAUGGCAUUCCUGAUAUUUUCCUGGGAGGUUCCAGCGACGACGAUUCGCAGAGCUCUAUCGAGGACGAGACACAGGACAUUGAGCUGAGCUCGAGCGAGCCCGAGUCUGACGCGUCGAUCUCGUCGAUCGACGAGAACUCAGACUCGUCAGACCUGUCUAGCACAGAUUUCCAUGACGCAAGCGAAAUCAUCCAGGAGCCUGCCAAGCUCUCGUACUACCGACUACAAAACAAGCCGAGGCUGUUCCAGGGCAACAUCAACUACUUACGGUUUUUCCAGGCCGAGAAGUCCCGGUUUCUCUCGUGCACAAGUCUGCUCGGACGGUCGAACCUGGUGGGAACUUACGUGUCGAGCGCGGGUUUCAGAUACCGGCGCAAGAACGAGGUCAACGAGGCGGGAACAUACUGGUCGGCAGAUGACAAAGACGCGUUUUUCGAGCUUCUGGCGCGCUAUUCCAUCCACAGAGCCGAUGUCAUUCAGGAAAAGCUACCAUCGAAAUCAAUCGCCGAUAUUCUGGACUAUUACAAGCUGCUAAAACGCGAAUUACAGCAGUACAAGCGACACAAGCGACGGCUGCUCAAACUGGUGUCGUACGACGAGAUUCCCGCAAGCUACGAGAUGAGCAGCGAGUUCAUCGAGAUGGAGGAGUCGCAGGCGUUUCUGAUCAGGUCGGUGGCCAACAUGCGGGACUCGGACGCAAACUUCCGCUUCAAAAAGACGCAUCCGGGCCUGAACGAGCAGGAGCUGCUGGACUACGAGCGCAUGACCGACCUGGCAAACUCUGUGUAUGCCAAUAACCAGCUCCUGGACGCUGCUUCCGGGCUCAAACGCAAGCUGUCCAAGCCGAUGGUCUUGGAUGAGGAAACGAAGUACAUUUUGCGCCAUGUCGCGCAGAACAUGGCCUAUGAAGUGGUGCUAACAGUUCUGGAGGACAAAAUAGAGGCUUACGACGAGUUCGAGAUCACGCAGAGCGACGUGUAUCGGGCUCUGGCCCAGAUGAAGGUACGCAGACCAAUCAAAUUAAAAGACUACUGGUCGAACAUUGGCUGGAGGCUGGGGCUGGAUUUUGGGCGCCAGAUGCCCAGCGGGCGCCAGAGACUAAGCAGGCUGGUUCCGUACGAGAUAAACGGCCUGGAGGAGCCCCAGAAGAAGGAAGAUACCGCUGUUUUCGACAGCGAAGGAGACGAAAUUGAGCAGGUGAUGGACGGCGCGCUGCCGUUCGAGAGCGCCGUUUUGAACGCGACUCCCGUGAGCGAGCUUUCGCAGAAACCGUCCGUGGCCGAGCCCGACGAAGUUGUGAGCGAGCAGCUGCUGGAGCUCGAGACAGCGCUGCUGGAGAGAAAAGACCACGAGGAGUCGGUCAAACAGGAGAACUGGCUGCUACACUAUUUGAGCUGUCGCGAGGACGAAAUCAUGCUGAACGACGCCGAUCUCAUCCGCGAGUAUGUGGAAAACAAGUACCAGGACGAGGAGCCUGCCGCGCUACCAGAAAUCCCCGACCACGCGCACAUCACCAACGAAAUGCUGUUUCUACACUCGUUCGACUAUGCGAAUUACGAAUCGGAUUAG